AUGAAUCAUCGUGAUAGUACCCUGCUAGCCAAGUACCACAAGGGGGAAGAGGACAACGGGUUUGUCAGAACGCAUUACUUCAAAAAGGUCGAAGAAAAAAAUGUUGAUAAAAAUUUGGUGAGUCUUGAAAAGAUGUUUCUUCCAGGUGAUAUAUACCUAGACGUGUACAUAAAUGAAAAGGAAAGAAAUAACUUCGAUUUUUUUUUGAACAAUUUAUUAGAUGAAAGGAGAAGAACGACGGACUUUUUGAGCAGCUGGACACACAUAGAAAUCAGUAAUAUUUACAACUACAUCCUUUAUAACAGUGCUUCCUGUAGCAACGUCAUGGAUGAUAAGAAGGGACACCUGGUGUUGAAGCUGAAAUACACAAACGAAAAUAAAACGAUCACUUCCUAUUUUAAGGUGCACUGUCGAAAUGUGAAAUGGGAGAGUGAGAAGAAGGUCUGGCACAUCCCCAUCUUUUAUAUCUACGAGAUGACUAAGCUAACAAUUUUUCUGGGAGGCACCGUCAGUGACACCGUUUUGUACUACGUCUGCAAGCUGUUUAGCCACUUCGCCUCUGCGAGGGAGCCGGCCAAGCAGCCGCCAAGCGGAGCGACAAAGGAGGCGCCAAGCGGAGCGAUAAACGAGGCGCUAAACCAACCGCUAAACAAACCGCCUAACGCACCGCCUAACGCACCGCUGGACGAAGCAAAUGCGGGGAAGACGAGCAGGGAGGGCCCAGCUCCCCCCGGUGCAAACCUGGCAGAGGAUCCGACCAACCCCGCCAGCCGGUACGACGAGGCCCUCUUCUCUCUCAGGGACAAGCGUGGAUUCAUCGAGCACGUCGCGAAGAGCGCCAUGUUCGCCAUGCAACACAUAAUCGUGCACAACCCGGUGAGGAGCGACUCGGUGCAAGUAAAAAUCGUGCCAUAUAAUGAAGAAGUGGUCCGAAAGAUGAAGGAACUUAAUCUCUUCCAUUGGGACAAAACGGAAAAUAUUUGGACAGUGAAGAAAACGAAUUUUAAAGCGUUCUAUACGAAUGUUAUCAAAGGGCUCGAUUACAAGUUGUGCUCCUACUAUGACUGUUAUAAGUUCGCUAAGCAGCAGUUGGUGGUGGAGGGAGACUCCAAGGGAGGUGUCUGCUUGGGGGGUAGCACCUCCAGCGUGACUUUGGCGAGUUCCAAAAAAAGCGCCACACAAAUGAGUUCGUUAAAAAGAAAGAGGAAAAUACCAGCUAGCGAAAUAAAGCAGACAAAACAAAAUUGCAAACUGAGUAUUUGCUACGAGAGCACAGACUCGUCAUACUCAGACGAACUGUCACACAACGUGGAUGCAAGUUACUACGAAGGAAGAGAACAAGUAAAUAAAAUAAAGCUCAUCGGGGCAGCAAACAACUACUACAGAGAUAUCAUUUACAACAAACUGAACAAACUCAAACAUCUGAAGCCGCCAAAUUUUACCUAUGACCCAAAGGGACUAAUAACGAAAAAUGGUGCAGGGACAAAAGGAAUCGAAAUUUACGACAUGCCAAGUGACAUAAACGAAUGGAAUAAAAUAAGUUUUUGUAUCGUCCCAGAUGAAAAAGAACACGUCGAUUUAUAUGACCCAAAAAUUUUAUGUAGCCUCGUUAGCGAUGUAUACAUGCUAAAGGAAAAAGCAGUUGAUCUCAUUUUAAAAAAAUUUCAAAGGUGGCCUGAAUACACCGACGUCUACUGGAAUAGUAUUUGUACUGAGAAUGAAUUCAUCGUGAGGAACAAAAAUUUCAACACGAGACAAAAGCUAGCUCACGAUAGACUCUUCAGCAAACAAUUUUUUUAUAUAUUCAACAUUGGGAGUGUGAAGCAGUCCAAUUAUUACGAUGCGCUAUUUUUGUGUAAAGCUUUAAUAACUCUUGGCGAGGGGAAAAUUGUCAAGGACCCUCUCGACGCCGAGUACAUUGUCGUUGACAAUUGCAACGAUCCGAAUGCCAUCGACUUUUAUAACUCGUUGCAGGGUAGGCAGAAAAAGAAGAAGAAGAAGCUCCCCUUGUUCGUCACCCCCACUUUUAUAUACGACUGCAUUUUGAACUACUCCGUGUCGUAUCCCUCCAAGAACAAGAGCCACUUUUCCUUCGCCUGA